AUGCCGGCUGCGUCAACAGGUAAACCGGGUAGUUUAAAGGAUCCCACUAUUGCUUCGUUAUUCUCUGUGAAGGAUCCGGAACAGCGUUUCGAAGAUCUUCGUGAAAUCGGUCAUGGCUCAUUUGGAGCUGUUUUCUUUGCACAGGAUUUGGAAACGAAUACAACAGUUGCAAUUAAGAAAAUGGCUUUUUCCGGCAAACAGUCGGCUGAAAAGUGGUCUGAUAUCAUCAAGGAAGUGUCCUUUCUAAAAAAUAUCAAACAUGAAAAUAUUGUUGAAUAUCGGGCAUGCUAUCUAAAAGAACAUACUUGUUGGCUGGUGAUGGAAUAUUGCAUUGGUUCCGCGGCAGAUAUAGUUGAAGUACAUCGUACCCCAAUACGGGAAUGUGAAAUUGCUGCUAUUAUGGAGCAGACACUUUUUGGGCUUUCUUAUUUGCACAAAUUAGGGCGUAUACAUCGAGAUGUCAAAGCUGGAAAUAUUCUUCUAACUGAUAAUGGCAUCGUUAAACUUGCUGAUUUCGGGAGUGCUUCCACUUUAUGUCCUGCUCAGAGUUUUGUCGGUACGCCAUAUUGGAUGGCUCCUGAAGUUAUUCUGGCAAUGGAUGAAGGACAUUAUGACCAAAGUGCAGAUAUUUGGUCUCUUGGAAUAACUUGUAUUGAAUUAGCUGAACGACGCCCACCUCUUUUCAACAUGAAUGCAAUGUCUGCGCUAUAUCAUAUUGCUCAGAAUGAUCCCCCAACGCUUUCACGUGGUGAGAAUUCAUUGUGGUCUGCGGACUUUCACUCAUUCGUCGAUCUCUGCUUACGUAAAGAUCCACGAGAGCGAAUGAAAACGGGUCCUUGUCAGCAACAUCCAUUUAUAAUGAAUGGGCGUUUGGAUGGUGUAAUUUUGGAGUUGAUAACACGAACAAAGGCGCUAGUCAGCGAUUUGGACAACUUUCAAUAUAGGAAAAUGAGAAAAUUAGUUUAUCUUGACGAGCAGCAAAGUGCUGUGACCGACGAUACAAUAACAACGGACCGGCAUGAUGUGGACGAAGAGUUGUCAGGAAUGGGAGGCUCGGCAAGUUCGCGGUCAAAUUCGAUUUCUUCAUUCCAGUCAUAUCAUUCAAGUGCUCCUAUUUCUGACAGUCAUCAUGGAGACAGUGGCAAAGUCAUUACUCCACGUCCUCUUAUUCCUCUUCGGGUUCUUUCGUCAGCUGGCUCUGAUAUUAACAGCACCAACGAAAAUUUGGAUAACAUUGAUAAGGGAAUUUUUUCCUUAUGUGAAAUCAUUUUUUAUAAGUUGGAAACCAACAUGUUAACGAAUCGGACGGUAAUUCAUGUUGAUGAUGGAGGAAGCCACUGCAUGCAUUCAAUGCAUGAAUCACUUUUUAUUGAAGAAACUUCUUCAGGAACACCAACUUCGACCUUAGUAUCGGACGAAACUACGAGGCCGAUUAAUGAGGAAAUGGCAACUCUUCGGCGGUCCAAAUUUUCAACGUUGCGAACAACGAAAUUGAUUUCAAAGGAGCUGGAGGAAUAUAAUAGGGAAAAUAAUAUAUACGAACAGAUGAGUGGUUAUAAGCGUCUACGUCAGCAGCAUCAGAAGGAGUUGAAGCAGCUCGAAGAGAGAUGUGCAAUGGAAAUGGAGUCAUUCAAACAAAAAGCUGAUAAAGAAUAUGAAAAUCUUUUAAAUGCUUUUAGCAAAGAGCUUCAGCGUCUGCGAAGCAGCCAAAGUGCUGAAAAAGACAAAAAGCUCCGUGAGUAUGAUGAAACAGAGCGUAGGUUACGACGUCAGUUAAAUUCGCGACACGAAAAUGAGCUAAAAGCAUUCUCUAAUGCUCAAAAGAAGGAAUAUAAGCACAAUAAAGAAAGAGCGAAAGUGGAAUUAAAAGAACGCUAUAGCAUGCGCUCUGCAUAUGAAAGUGCAUUGAAGGAGACCAAAGCUGUAUUGAAUGCACGGCGUACUGAUGCGGAAGCGAUAUUUUCUCGUGAGCAGAAAAUAGCGAUGGAAAAUGAAAUUCGGAGGUUAAAGGGCGUUCGGAUGAUUGAAAUGCACACUUUAACUGAAAAAUUGAUUGUAGAUGAAUUGAAAUUCAAAGGAAAACAACUAGAAACAAGCCAUGCUUUGUUAAGAAAACACCAUGAGCAAACAAAGCAACUUGAAUUAUCACUUUUAAUCGAGAGCCAACGCAUGAAACGACGACAUCUAGAGAAACAACAUGAAGCUGAAACUUCAAAUCAGUUACAGUAUAAUCAGAGAGUUACAGAUGAAACAGUGAAAAGACAUGCUUUGCAGUCAAAACAACAGCCGAAAGAAUUAAAGGCAAAAGAACUACAAAUAAGAAAGCAAUAUCGACAGGCAGUAAAAACACAGUUGAGGCAGAGCAAACUACUGCAAGCUCAAGUCUUGAGCUGUACGCCAAAGGAAGAACAUAGAGAAAUGAUAUUAAAAUUGAAGGAAGAACAAAAGAGAAAAUUAGCAACAUUGGCUGGACAGUAUGAAAGCACUAUCGAAAGUUUGCUACGGGAUUUGACCGUCAAAUUAGAGUCAUGGCAGGAAGACGAAUUGAAAGCUUUGAAAGAGAAACUUGAAAAAGAGAUGGAUAUGCUCAAAGACUUCCAAAAUCGACAGAAAAGUUGUCUCGAAGAGAAUUGUAAAAGGGAAGAACAGAAAUUGGCAGAGCGUACUUCAAUAAGAAAAGCAGUGAUUGAGAAAAAAAUGGAAGAAGAAAAAGUGUCUUUGGAGACUGAACGCCAGAAGACACUAAAAGCGAUAGAGGAGAAGCAUCGUAUUGAAAAAGCAGCAUUUUUUGAUGAUGAACAGAAGUCAUUGAAUGAACACACGCAGCAGAUAUCCUCCUCUGCUUCUCAAUUUAGUUCACAAGACACGUUAUGCUCAAUUUCAUCAAAUCUUCAUUCUUUAGCUACAAAUUCUUAGGGUCUUAUUUGUAUGGAGCUGUUUUAAUAAGGC